AUUUUUUCAAAUAUGAGUCAACCACCAUAGGCAUCAUAAUCAUAAUAAUAAAAGGCCAAUACAUUUAAUAAAUCAGAAAAAACUAAAGAUAUCAGAUUAACAAAUAUCUAAGCUGCUAAAGGUAAACAAUCCAACAUAUAUAUUAAGCUGUAUCUGAUGCAAUAAGAACAAGUCUAGGACCUAGAGGAAUGGAUAAAAUGAUUUAAGAUGCCAAAGGUGAAGUACUCAUUACAAAUGAUGGAGCCACUAUUCUCAAAUAAAUGGAUUUGGUUCAUCCUACUGCAAAAAUGGUAAUCUAUUCAAUAUUAAAAAAAGCUAGUUGAAAUUUCUCAUGCUUAAGAUGUUGAAGCUGGUGAUGGAACUACUUCAGUUGUAGUAUUUGCAGGAGCAUUAUUGAAAUCAUGUGAAGUCCUUUUAGAGAAAGGAAUACAUCCAACCACUAUUUCAGAGGGAUUUCAAUAUGCUUUAGAAAAUGCACUAGAAGCUUUAGAUGAAUUAAAAAAACCUGUAGAUCUAGACAAUAAAUAAUAAUUGAUUGAAUGUGUGUAAACAGCACUUUCAUCAAAAGUGGUUUCAUCUAAUAGUGCAUAAUUGGCUCCACUUGCUGUAGAUGCAGUUUUGAGAAUUGUUGACCCUCUUAAACCUGAUAAUGUUGAUCUUAAAGAUAUUAAAAUUGUUAAAAAAUUAGGAGGCACAAUUGAUGAUACUGAAUUAGUUGAAGGAAUUGUAUUCUCUAAUUAAAAAGCAAGUUAAACAGCUGGAGGACCAUAAAAAAUAGAAAAUGCUAAAGUUGCACUUCUUUAAUUUUGUUUAUCAGCACCAAAAACAGAUGUUGAGAAUUCUAUUGCAAUUAAAGAUUAUACAGAAAUGGAUAAAAUAUUGAAAGAAGAAAGAAAAUAUAUUAUAGAUCUUGUAAAAAAGAUAGUAGCAUCAGGUGCAAAUGUAUUAUUAAUACAAAAAAGUAUAUUAAGAGAUGCAGUAAAUGAUCUUUCAUUACACUUUUUAGCAAAGAAAGGUAUAAUGGUAGUAAAAGAUAUUGAAAGAGAGGAUGUUGAAUUUAUAUCAAAGGUAUAUUUAUAUAUUUAUAAUUAUUAUCAUAGACUUUAUGUUUAGUACCAGUUGCACAUAUAGAUUAAUUGACUCCAGAAAAAUUAGGAAAUGCUGGACUUGUUGAAACAGUUUUCUUGAAUGAUGAAAGUAAAGUAUUAAGAAUUACUGGAAUGCCUGUUUAAUCUAAAGCUUUAACAAUCUUAGUUAGAGGAUCAAAUUAAUUAGUUUUAGAUGAAGCUGAUAGAAGCAUUCAUGAUGCAUUAUGUGUUGUUAGAAGUCUUGUUAAAAGCAAAGGUUUAAUUCCAGGAGGAGGAGCACCUGAAAUUCAUUUAUCAUUAAAAUUAACUUAAAAGGCUAAUACUUUAACAGGUGCAAGAUCUAUGUGUGUGAGAGCAUUUGCUGAAGCACUUGAAGUGAUUCCUUAUACUCNACAAGUCUAGGACCUAGAGGAAUGGAUAAAAUGAUUUAAGAUGCCAAAGGUGAAGUACUCAUUACAAAUGAUGGAGCCACUAUUCUCAAAUAAAUGGAUUUGGUUCAUCCUACUGCAAAAAUGGUAAUCUAUUCAAUAUUAAAAAAAGCUAGUUGAAAUUUCUCAUGCUUAAGAUGUUGAAGCUGGUGAUGGAACUACUUCAGUUGUAGUAUUUGCAGGAGCAUUAUUGAAAUCAUGUGAAGUCCUUUUAGAGAAAGGAAUACAUCCAACCACUAUUUCAGAGGGAUUUCAAUAUGCUUUAGAAAAUGCACUAGAAGCUUUAGAUGAAUUAAAAAAACCUGUAGAUCUAGACAAUAAAUAAUAAUUGAUUGAAUGUGUGUAAACAGCACUUUCAUCAAAAGUGGUUUCAUCUAAUAGUGCAUAAUUGGCUCCACUUGCUGUAGAUGCAGUUUUGAGAAUUGUUGACCCUCUUAAACCUGAUAAUGUUGAUCUUAAAGAUAUUAAAAUUGUUAAAAAAUUAGGAGGCACAAUUGAUGAUACUGAAUUAGUUGAAGGAAUUGUAUUCUCUAAUUAAAAAGCAAGUUAAACAGCUGGAGGACCAUAAAAAAUAGAAAAUGCUAAAGUUGCACUUCUUUAAUUUUGUUUAUCAGCACCAAAAACAGAUGUUGAGAAUUCUAUUGCAAUUAAAGAUUAUACAGAAAUGGAUAAAAUAUUGAAAGAAGAAAGAAAAUAUAUUAUAGAUCUUGUAAAAAAGAUAGUAGCAUCAGGUGCAAAUGUAUUAUUAAUACAAAAAAGUAUAUUAAGAGAUGCAGUAAAUGAUCUUUCAUUACACUUUUUAGCAAAGAAAGGUAUAAUGGUAGUAAAAGAUAUUGAAAGAGAGGAUGUUGAAUUUAUAUCAAAGGUAUAUUUAUAUAUUUAUAAUUAUUAUCAUAGACUUUAUGUUUAGUACCAGUUGCACAUAUAGAUUAAUUGACUCCAGAAAAAUUAGGAAAUGCUGGACUUGUUGAAACAGUUUUCUUGAAUGAUGAAAGUAAAGUAUUAAGAAUUACUGGAAUGCCUGUUUAAUCUAAAGCUUUAACAAUCUUAGUUAGAGGAUCAAAUUAAUUAGUUUUAGAUGAAGCUGAUAGAAGCAUUCAUGAUGCAUUAUGUGUUGUUAGAAGUCUUGUUAAAAGCAAAGGUUUAAUUCCAGGAGGAGGAGCACCUGAAAUUCAUUUAUCAUUAAAAUUAACUUAAAAGGCUAAUACUUUAACAGGUGCAAGAUCUAUGUGUGUGAGAGCAUUUGCUGAAGCACUUGAAGUGAUUCCUUAUACUCNCAUAGGCAUCAUAAUCAUAAUAAUAAAAGGCCAAUACAUUUAAUAAAUCAGAAAAAACUAAAGAUAUCAGAUUAACAAAUAUCUAAGCUGCUAAAGGUAAACAAUCCAACAUAUAUAUUAAGCUGUAUCUGAUGCAAUAAGAACAAGUCUAGGACCUAGAGGAAUGGAUAAAAUGAUUUAAGAUGCCAAAGGUGAAGUACUCAUUACAAAUGAUGGAGCCACUAUUCUCAAAUAAAUGGAUUUGGUUCAUCCUACUGCAAAAAUGGUAAUCUAUUCAAUAUUAAAAAAAGCUAGUUGAAAUUUCUCAUGCUUAAGAUGUUGAAGCUGGUGAUGGAACUACUUCAGUUGUAGUAUUUGCAGGAGCAUUAUUGAAAUCAUGUGAAGUCCUUUUAGAGAAAGGAAUACAUCCAACCACUAUUUCAGAGGGAUUUCAAUAUGCUUUAGAAAAUGCACUAGAAGCUUUAGAUGAAUUAAAAAAACCUGUAGAUCUAGACAAUAAAUAAUAAUUGAUUGAAUGUGUGUAAACAGCACUUUCAUCAAAAGUGGUUUCAUCUAAUAGUGCAUAAUUGGCUCCACUUGCUGUAGAUGCAGUUUUGAGAAUUGUUGACCCUCUUAAACCUGAUAAUGUUGAUCUUAAAGAUAUUAAAAUUGUUAAAAAAUUAGGAGGCACAAUUGAUGAUACUGAAUUAGUUGAAGGAAUUGUAUUCUCUAAUUAAAAAGCAAGUUAAACAGCUGGAGGACCAUAAAAAAUAGAAAAUGCUAAAGUUGCACUUCUUUAAUUUUGUUUAUCAGCACCAAAAACAGAUGUUGAGAAUUCUAUUGCAAUUAAAGAUUAUACAGAAAUGGAUAAAAUAUUGAAAGAAGAAAGAAAAUAUAUUAUAGAUCUUGUAAAAAAGAUAGUAGCAUCAGGUGCAAAUGUAUUAUUAAUACAAAAAAGUAUAUUAAGAGAUGCAGUAAAUGAUCUUUCAUUACACUUUUUAGCAAAGAAAGGUAUUAUGGUAGUAAAAGAUAUUGAAAGAGAGGAUGUUGAAUUUAUAUCAAAGGUAUAUUUAUAUAUUUAUAAUUAUUAUCAUAGACUUUAUGUUUAGUACCAGUUGCACAUAUAGAUUAAUUGACUCCAGAAAAAUUAGGAAAUGCUGGACUUGUUGAAACAGUUUUCUUGAAUGAUGAAAGUAAAGUAUUAAGAAUUACUGGAAUGCCUGCAUAAUCUAAAGCUUUAACAAUCUUAGUUAGAGGAUCAAAUUAAUUAGUUUUAGAUGAAGCUGAUAGAAGCAUUCAUGAUGCAUUAUGUGUUGUUAGAAGUCUUGUUAAAAGCAAAGGUUUAAUUCCAGGAGGAGGAGCACCUGAAAUUCAUUUAUCAUUAAAAUUAACUUAAAAGGCUAAUACUUUAACAGGUGCAAGAUCUAUGUGUGUGAGAGCAUUUGCUGAAGCACUUGAAGUGAUUCCUUAUACUCUUGCAGAAAAUGCGGGUAAACAAAGUUUAUACUCAAUCUAUAGGAUUGAAUCCAAUAAAUGUAGUUACUGAGUUAAGAAAUAGACAUCUUAAAUCAUAAAAAUUUGCAGGAAUAGGAAUGAAGAAAGUAAUUAUUAUUUAAUAUGAAUUUAAGAAUAAUAUUGUAGAUGAUAUUACAACUGAAUAAGUAGUUUAACCAAUUUUAGUAACAAGAAGUGCAUUGAGUUUGGCUACAGAAUGUGUUAGAAUGAUUCUUAAGAUUGAUGAUCUAGUCAUAUCAGCCCGUUGA